AGCGAUCUCGCGAGAAUUUUAGUGGGCGGGACAGAGGCGCUCUAUAAGAGCUUCCCCCGACCCACGUGACUCCUCUCCGUCCGACCGUUUUCGGUCGCCAUCAUGGACACGAGUCGCGUGCAGCCCAUCAAGCUGGCCAGGGUCACCAAAGUGCUGGGCAGGACCGGCUCACAGGGACAGUGCACGCAGGUGCGCGUGGAGUUCAUGGACGACACGAGCCGCUCCAUCAUCCGCAACGUGAAGGGGCCGGUGCGCGAGGGCGACGUGCUGACCCUGUUGGAAUCGGAGCGGGAAGCCCGGAGGUUGCGCUGAUGUCAGCUGCUGGUGGGGUCCUGGAUAUCGACCACCUGGGCCACGGGGUGAAUUGCGACUCCUAAAAUAAAAUGUUUGUAUUGUGUGUAAA